GGUUAUAAGCUAGUAAAACACCAGUCGGAAUUUUAUCCUAGACUGACAACAUUUAGUAAUGUUUAUGUCAGACAUUUACUAGUUAAAAGUUGUCUUUUCUUGUAUUUUUGCGAAAUAAUUUAGAGUUAAUUUUGUUGAUAAAUUAAGCUAAUUUAAAAUCGACUCAAUUUAUGGAAAAUCAAAAAAUGAAGAAAAGAAAGCAGUUUACACUUCAGAAACUAGAUCCCGUUAAUGAUAGGGUAACAACAACUCCUAGUCCUGAGCAUUUAGAUGCUAUCAUGAGAAAUUUAGGAAGUGAAGCUAGGAUACAUGUAGACAACGAGGAAAUUGUUCUUCACGCCGAUAAUCUGCAAACUAUUCAAAAUCUGGGUCGCGGAGCGUACGGACACGUUGACCUAGUUAGGGACAGACAAUCCGGUAAAUCUUUUGCAGUUAAGAGAAUGACCUUGGCUUCUUUCGAAGAAGGUCAGAGAAGGACCCUCAUGGAAGUUUAUGUGGCAGCUCAGAGUAAAGACUGUCCGUAUACCGUCAACUUUUACGGGGCUAUGAGUUUGGAGGGUGAAUUAUGGAUGAUAAUGGAGAGAAUGGAUAUGUCUUUAGAUAAGCUAAGAGAGAAUAUUUUUGGAGCAGAUGAAAACUAUAAAAUACCUGAGAAUAUUAUAGGUAAUAUUACCUAUCAAAUUAUCAAGGGCCUUAGUUAUUUGCGAGAUGAAGUUUCCGUUCUUCAUAGAGAUGUUAAACCAUCAAAUAUCUUGAUUAAUAAGUGUGGUCGUGUUAAAGUGUGCGAUUUUGGCAUAUCCGGAAAUAUUGUCAAGGAGUCAUUGGCAUUUUCAAACGUUGGUUCUAAGCCGUACCUAGCACCAGAGAAAAUAAGUCCCAGAGAUGGUCAAGUAGGCUUCUCGUCAAGAGCUGAUGUUUGGAGUUUAGGUAUAACUGUUUUGGAAUUUACUACGGGAAAAUUUCCAUAUAGAGGAUGGCAAAAUGCUUUUGAAGCCUUAAAUGAUGUUGUAACAAAACCAUCGCCAACUUUACCAGCUGGAGAAUAUUCCGACGAAUUUAAUGAUUUUAUAAAUUCUACACUAAAGAAAGAUGUCAACGAAAGACCAAGAUAUGCAGACUUAUUGAAAAAACCAUUUAUAGAAAAGUGUCAAAGUGUUGAUAUAUCCUCUUUUGUUCAAGAAUUCGCGAACGAAUAGUGUCAUUCCACGCAUACACACCCGUACAUACUUACAUACAUGCACACAUACAUGCAAGCAAACACACACACACACAUAUAUAUAUAUAUAUAUACACACAUCAAUAUACUCUCUCUCUCUCAUUCUCGAUUAUUGUAGAUGAUUUGUUAGUGAGUUAUACUUUGUACUUUAUUCAUUAGUAUUCUUCUAAUAUUCCAAUAAAAUACAAAAUAUAUUACAUUAGUCGAAUUAUUGUUUUUUUUUUAAAUAGGUAAAUCAAAGUUCUCUAACACUAAACAAACAAAAUAUAGUUUUCGUCUAUUAUGUAUGGUUCUUUUCUUUCGCUCUCCAACUCUUAGUCUCUAAUCUACAGGACGUGUAUGUAUUAGUCAUUUUGAUUUUUUCUUUGUUUUAUUUUAAAUUGAUGGAAUGUAUUAAAUUUCCAAUAUGCCGAAAUAUUUUUGAUGAUAAAAUGGCGAAAAAAUAGUAUUAAUAAAUAUAAAAAGCAAGUAUUUUAAUGGUGUUUCUUUUGGGUAUCUUUGAUAAAAUUAGAGUCUAGUUAGCUAAUGAACUAUUGAAUACGGGAUAACCAUUAUGAGCAACUCAAGUUUUUCAAGUUUACUUGAAUUAUAUUAUUAUUCUUUCUAUUUAUUUUGUUAGUAAAUGCUACAUAGCUACAAAUUUAGGAAGACUUCUGUGUAUACCGUAUGAGUGACUCAUGGGUCUUU